AUAAAUAUUCCAUAAUAUAAUUUUAUAGUAAAAGAAUCAGGUUGUCAGUAUUGUAUUGUUGGUGUACCUGAACUUCCUGCAAUCGAAUGUCGGUUCUUUUCUUCGGCUCGUAGAGCAAAAUGGGUAUUUCACGUGAUCACUGGCAUAAAAGGCGUGCCACCGGAGGUAAGAGGAAGCCCCUUCGUAAGAAGAGGAAGUUCGAAUUGGGACGCCCACCCGCAAACACAAAGCUUGGAGCUCGUCGUAUCCACACAGUCCGUACCCGCGGAGGUAACAAGAAGUACAGGGCACUCAGAUUAGACCAGGGAAAUUUCUCAUGGGGAUCUGAAGGUUGCGCGAGGAAGACGCGUAUCAUCGACGUGGUGUACAACGCAUCCAACAACGAGUUGGUGCGAACCAAGACCCUGGUGAAGAACGCCAUUGUGACAGUUGACGCCACCCCAUUCAGGCAAUGGUACGAGGCGCACUACGCCCUGCCCGUUGGCCGCAAGAAGUCAUCCAAGCUGACUGAAGCCGAGGAAGCGGUUCUAAACAAGAAGCGAUCGAAAAAGGUGGAGAGGAAGUACAAGGCGCGUCAACGCACGGCCAAGAUCGACCAGGCCCUGGAGGAGCAGUUCCAGACAUCGCGCCUGCUGGCCUGCAUCGCCAGCCGACCCGGCCAGUGUGGUCGCGCCGACGGCUACGUGCUAGAGGGCAAGGAGCUCGAGUUCUACAUGAGGAAGAUCAAGGCCAAGAAGGGAAAGUAGGCCACUGAUGGCCACGUUUUGUUUUAUUAAAAAAGAUAUGUUCCAAUCGAAUAAAGAUCUGUUGGACAGCUA